AUGUCGACUCCAGACUACUUCACCAGCGACCCAGACUGGGAAGCAUUCGCCACUAAAAAUGAUAUUCCGCUUCCCUCGACCACUCCACCGUCGGCCCCAAUCGACUUCACCCAACUUGAUUUCGCUUCCAUUAGAGAAUACGAGGCGACAAAUGACACCAAAUGGGCCGAAAAACACCCUAUAGAAGAGGUCGGCUAUACUACAAAGUCAACUAUAGUCCGAGCCCGCGAUGGUGCCAAUAUCAACGUGAAAGUGUCUUUUCCACUAUCCGACCGUCUCCACGCUAGGGGAAAGGGAAAUGAUAAGUUUUCUCUACCGGUCCUCUUUGUGACGCAUGGUGGGGGCUGGGUUCAAGGCAGUCAUAUCUCGGAGGAAUUGUGGCUCUUAUACCCUUUGUAUAAGCAGUUCGACCUCGUGAUUGUUAGUGUGGAAUACCGUCUGGCUCCGGAGAACCGCUUCCCCAUCUGGAUUGAGGAUUCUGAGGAUGUACUAGAUGCCCUGGUCGAUUCCCCAGAGAGGCUUCUUGGUUUAAACACAAACCUCAGUCAAAGCGCAAACAUCAAUGCCGAUCUCAGUCGACUUAUCCUAGCCGGUUCCUCCUCUGGAGCAGGGAUUAGUGCCGCUCUCUCUCAGAUCUGUCGUGACAAAGGUAUCCCUAUCAACGGUGUUAUCCUUAACGCUCCUAUGCUCUGCGACCCUCGUCAUUUCCCGGUCGAGUACGGUCCCUCUAAAGAGUCCCUUCGCUCGUAUACCCAGUGUAUGGAUAUCUUUAUGGGCUCAAGUGGGUUACUCGCCGUUUGGAAUCUGAUUCAUCCGGAUCCCGCCUCGGGCUUGAAUAUUAAAGCGUCUCCGUUACUUGGGGAUAUAGAAAGUCUUCCACGGCAUUUGAUCUUUGUGGCAGGACAAGAUCCAUUACGAGAUGAGGGGAUCGCGUAUGCUAGGAAGCUAGAAGAGGGAAAUGUACCCGUUACGCUUCAUGUCUAUAAGGGUGUCCCGCAUAAUUUUGGGCACUUUUGGGAGUUACAAGCGACAAAGGCAUUUUGGGGGGAUUUGAGAGCUACUCUGGAGAAAUGGUUGUCAUGA